AUGAUAAACUCUGUGAUACUUGACCAAAGCCCUUCAGUUAAAUGGGAUGAUAUUGCUGGUCUGGAGACGGCAAAACAAGCUUUAAUGAAAAUGGUUAUUCUGCCAACUAAGAGAAGAGACCUAUUUACUGGGCUUCGAACCAGUCAAAGAAUGGUAGGAAGAAUAAGGCGCCCGACAUUCGUGAUUGACUACGGGAAGCCGGUGGAGGAUAAGAUCAUAGAUACAGCCUCACUAGAAAAGUUCUUUCAGGAGCACAUCAAGGUCGGAAGCAAGCCGGGAGCGCUUGGGGACACUGUUACCGUCGCCAAGGACAAGACCAAAAUCGCUGUGACCACCAACGACGCUGCCUUCUCCAAGCGGUAA